UUGCAUUGGCUUUGCAGAGAAUCAACCCACAAGAGGCUGGAUGGAGGGGUUAUCCUGAAAUCUUUAGUGUUCAGUACAGAAUAAUUCUGAGAUAAAAACAGGUGACUUGCAGAUGUCGAACAUGAUCAUGCAAUAAAUACAAAUCAUUGUUCCAUAUACCUCUUGUGUGACGUUGUAGUUCAUCAGCAGGUGACUUUGUUGGGUUUCAUUUAAGGAAGGUCUGCUAGAAGGAGCUCCACCAUGACAGACACAGGGGGCUUAUUCUUUGAAGCGAAGCAGAGGACAGAGCCAUCAUCACUGGCCGAAUUGAGCUCUCCACAGCCUGAGGAGAACUGUCUGCACUACAGGCUGCAACUGGUGGGCUUCUUACCUGUGCACACUCUGACCACUGUACCCAUGCUGCCUUGGAUUGUAGCAGAAAUACGGCGUCAGAGCAGCCAGGGAUUCAGAUCUGCAUUAAUACCGCGCUGGGUUAAGCUGUACAUCUCCCAGGCAGCGGUGCGCUGUGAAUUGGAUGCCAGACACAGCCAGCAGUGGGACCCCUUACACUACAAUAUCAUCUUUGAACAUCAGCCACAGUGUGUCUACAAACUCAUUCACAACAGCAAUGACCCAAGCUACUUCACCUGUUUGAUCAGGGAACUGGGUCCUGGCCUUCAUAAGAGCACCUGUUAUGUAUUUCGGUCUCCUGAUCAAGCCAUGGUUCCUGAAAUCAUCAGCAGUAUCCGACAAGCUGGGAAGACAGCCCGUCAGGAAGAUGCCCAUCCUCGUUAUCACGACCCAGAAGAUGCUUUCUCCAAAAAGUUUGAGGUUUUGUUCUGUGGACGAGUGAUUGUAGCACACAAAAAAGCCCCACCAGCACUGAUUGACGAAUGUAUAGAGAAAUUCAAUCACAUCAGUGCAAAGAAAAAGGAUGGAGAGAGCACUUCUGACCAAGACAUUUCCUUGGAUCAGCCACAAGGCUCUUCGGCAACAAGUAGCAACCAUCCAUUAUUCUUCCAACCAGCAACCAAUGAGAUGGACUGGAACAAGUCGGGGGACUUUACCACAGCCAAUCCCAAUUGCCAAGGGACUGUGUUUUUCAAAAGAGAGUCAAGCCUCCCAUCUUUCACUACUGUAGGUGAAUAUGGUGGAUCUCCAGAGAUACGGAGGCAUAACAUCAAUGAGCCUUGUGGAGUGCAACCAACAGAUAUCCAAGCAAAUAGGACGAUGUUGUUUACGAUCGGGCAGUCUCAGAUUUACCUCAUUAGUCCAGACACAAAGAAAGUUGCCAUUGAGAAAACCUUUAGAGAAAUCUCCUUCUGUUCUCAGGGAAUUCAUCAUGUGGAUCACUUUGGCUUCAUCUGCAGAGAGUCUUUAGAAAAUGGAAACUGUCAUUUUGUCUGUUAUGUGUUUCAAUGUACAAACGAAGCACUGGUUGAUGAAAUCAUGAUGACCUUGAAGCAGGCUUUCAGUGUUGCUGCUGUGCAUCACAAUUCAAGGACACAAGCUCAACAAUGCGAGAGCUGCCCAAUGCAUCAUCUGCACAAGCUCUGUGAAAGAAUUGAAGGUCUGCAGCCAUCAAAAACUAAGCUUGAACUUCAGAAGCAUCUAGCAACUCUAAAUAACAAAGAACAGGCAGCAGUGUUUGAGGGUGUCCUGAAAGCAAAACCAAAAUCUGAACAUGAAGAAAACGAACUGAUUAUGUUGAGCUUAAGGAGUCUGUAUGAGGAGAAACAGAAGAACCAUUUGCAUAAUAAUAAUGGCGAGAUGAAGCAGCCUUCACAGAAUCUAUCAGAAGAUGUGCCAAAUGAGUUGCAGAUGAGUGCUGGACGGUUACGACUGGAACAGCUAAAAACUCGAGCCAAGAGGUCUCUCACUGAGUCUUUGGAAGGUAUUUUAUCCAGGGGGGGCAGCAAACUGAGAAAUCAGAAGGAAAGCUUUGAAAGUCUGGAUACAGACAACUCCUCUUCCAGUGCAAACUUUAACAGUGCAAGCAAGGAGCCUUCCAUUACUGAAGCGCUUGCACAGCCACUUAGUACAAGCCUUGUGAAGGCACAUGGGUCCACAGGGGACUUGAAAAAGCUGGACAACCCUUCCCAUGAGUCUCCUGGGCAUGGAUUCAGACGGAGGGCCAAUACUCUAAGUCACCUGCCUAUUCACAGCGAGCAGCUCCUGCAGCCAGUGGAGGAAACAACAAGUAUCCCCAAAGCCAGGCUCAUGAGGUAUUAUUCAGUCAGCACGGAGACACAGAACGAAUGCAGCUUGAAUGCACAUGACUCUGAAGACAAGGGCCCCACUGCUUCUCCCUCCGCACCCACACCUCCAGCUCGUCUGUUGCCCUCUGCUUCCUCUCCAAACUUUUUUAAAUCCUUAAAGCAAAAUUCAGGUGGAGAACAAAGUGGGCGCAUGUUGAAAAGGAGCACCCUGAGCACCUCUCAUCUUAGUGGCCUACGGGCAAGGCUUCACUCUUCUUCUUCUGUCCCCAAUUUUCUGAAAUUUCUGGCUCCAGUAGCUGAAAACAGCACCGUUGACUUUAAGAAAAGUGACUUGAAGCAUCGGUCCAGUCCUAGAGGUAACGACUGCGACAGUCCAGUGAGGAACCGGCGUCAUUCGUGGCGACAGCAGAUCUUCCUCCGAGUAGCAACGCCACAGAAAGGUUGUGACUCGCCCAGCAGAUAUGACGAAUGGACAGAUGUAGCUGAACUGCCCUCAAGAGCACCUCUGUCUCCUGUGUGUGGAGAUGGAUUCUUGGUUCCAGUGGUAGAAGAGAGAAAAAAGACCCAGCAUGAGCUUCGGGAGCUGUGGAGGAAAGCCAUCCUGCAGCAGAUAGUUCUCCUGAGAAUGGAGAAAGAAAACCAGAAGCUACAAGCUUCUGAGAGCGACCUUCAGAAUAAACGGAUUAAACUAGAUUAUGAAGAAAUCACGCCUUGUCUGAAAGAAGUAACUCUUGUUUGGGAGAAGAUGCUAAACAUGCCAGGAAGAGAAAAGAUCAAAUUUGACUUGGAGAAUAUACAUGUUGCUGUGGGCCAAGGUGUACCUCGACAUCACCGUGGGGAAAUCUGGAAGUUUCUAGCUGAGCAGUACCAGCUCCGUCACCCAUUACCAAGCAAACACCAGGCAAAAGACACGCCAUAUAAAGAACUAUUAAAACAGCUCACCUCUCAGCAGCAUUCCAUACUGAUUGAUCUGGGCCGCACAUUCCCAACACAUCCUUAUUUCUCUGCUCAGCUGGGAGCAGGGCAGUUAUCCCUCUAUAACUUGCUGAAGGCAUACUCUCUACUGGAUCCAGAAGUUGGCUAUUGUCAAGGCUUGAGCUUUGUUGCAGGAAUCUUGCUGCUUCAUAUGAGUGAGGAUGAUGCUUUUGAAAUGCUGAAGUUUCUCAUGUAUGAUAUGGGCUUGAGAAAGCAGUACAGGCCUGACAUGAUUAUCCUACAGAUUCAGAUGUACCAGCUGUCUCGCUUGCUGCAUGACUACCACCGAGACCUGUAUAACCACCUGGAGGAGUAUGAGAUCAGCCCCAGCCUUUAUGCUGCACCAUGGUUUCUAACAAUGUUUGCAUCUCAGUUUCCUCUGGGUUUUGUUGCCAGAGUCUUUGAUAUGAUCUUUCUUCAAGGUGCUGAAGUCACCUUUAAAGUGUCUCUGAGUCUUCUGGGACGCCACAAGCCUCUGAUACUGCAGCAUGAUAACUUGGAAACUAUCGUCGAUUUUAUCAAAACCACUCUGCCAAACCUUGGCUUAGUACAGAUGGAGAAAACCAUUAUCCAGGUGUUUGAGAUGGACAUCUCAAGGCAGUUGCAGGCCUAUGAAGUUGAAUACCACGUGCUUCAAGAUGAACUGAUGGACUCCUCUUUGCCUUUAAGUGACAAUGAAAAGAUAGAAAAACUAGAGAAGACCAGUAGCAGUCUGUAUCAACAGAACAUUGAUCUUCUGGAGGAGCUACAGGCCGCUAAUGCAAAAAUUCACAAUCUAGAAUUGAGUGCAGAGAAUUUUGUCAGAAAUGAGAGAAAUUUAAAACAGGCCAUCCGCACAUUGGAACUGGAGAGAUCAGCUCUGCUGAACAAAGUGGAAGAACUACAAGGACUGAUAAAAAACACUGACAUCACUGAAAGAAAAAAUGUUGGAGUUUAAAAAAACAUGAAGCCGACCAGCCCUGACAUCACAUUUACAAAAGGAAACAAGGCUUACAAUUUCGAUUCUGUGUUUUUUUUUUUCUUUUGGACGAAGAUUUGUGCGCAAAAGAGUUGUCCUAUAGCAGUACAUUUUGUUUCUGGAAAAUAGUUUGAGAACUCAUACAGAGCACUCCAUAGGGCAUCUAGACAACCAAUAUCCUGAAAAUGAAACAUGUAAGCAAAACCAAGCAUGGCAAUGCUUUAAGUGUUUUUAAUUUCUCCUUCUAAAACUGUAGAAAAGUGGAGACAUUUGUCAAAAUUAGUUUUCUCUUUAAGAAUGGUAACUGAAUAGUUUAUGUAAAAGUGUAACUGAUCUUUUAACUGCUCCUAUUUUUUGUAUACAUUUCUUAUUGUUUGAGUGGAAUGACAGUAAAUAAUUGAUGUUUUAUGA